AUGACGUCUGAACACAUAGGAGUUGUUGAUGCUCUCCCCUACUUUGACAAAGGAUACGAUGAUCCUGGUAUUAGAGAAGCUGCAGCUCUUCUAGUUGAAGAGGAGAUGAAACGAUAUAGACCAACGAAAAAUUAUUUGGAACAUCUUCCUUCUUUAUCUGGUCCUAUUCAAAUGAAAUUUGAGACUGAGGUGAUGAAAGCCGAAUUUGACAGACUGUCUAAUCGUUUGCCUAUGGAGAUGUUAAGUAUGAAACGUUACGAGCUACCCCCACCCCCUGCUGGAAAAAUGACUGAUGUGAAAGCGUGGCAAGAUGCAAUGGAAAACGCUGAAGCACAGUUAGAACACCAAGCAACAAGAAUUGAGAAUUUAGAACUAAUGGCAGAUUAUGGAUGUAAUGCUUGGAAACAAUACAACAAUGUUUUGGAAAGCUCUCUGCAGAUUUACGAAAAGGAGCUCUUAGAAAUAAGGCGAAAAAUUCAGGAAAUAAACUGGCGUCGUAAACAAGAGCAAACAGCUGCUGGAAGACAUCUCAAGGAACUAGAAGAGUCGUGGGUCGGUUUGGUUGGCAAAAACUAUGAAAUUGAGCAAGCCAUACUAGAACUAGAGCAGGAACUAGGUGUAUUUUCAGAACCAAUGGAUAGUGACGACCAGUGA